AAGCCCUUCGGCCCACAGUGUUGUGCUGACCCUCAAACGCUGCCUCCCAUAUAUUCCCCCACCUUAAAUUCCUCCAUAUACCUGUCUCGUAGUCUCUUAAACUUAACUAGUGUAUCUGCCUCCACCACUGACUCAGGCAGUGUAUUCCAUGCACCAACCACUCUGAGUGAAAUCCUUCCUCUAAUAUCCCCCUUGAACUUCCCUUCCCUUACCUUAAUUCCAUCAAGGUGGCGGCGCACAUGGACGCAGCGGCCCUUCAGGGAGCGAUAAGUGUAUCUAGUGUUUGUUCUGUUUGUCCUAGAUGCAAAACAUACAGUCGGAAUAUGCUCGUUAACAUCAGGGCAUACUAUGUUGAAAAACUGAUGACUUCUGGUGUGACAUGGACAGUUUACGCCGCUACGGACCACUAUCCACUACCAAGCCGGUUGCUUCCCGAGGGAGGAGGAAACGAAAGCGCUGUGAGAGAAGACAGAGGAGGGAAUCCCGGCUCCAUGACAACAUACCGGACGCUGCAAAACAGCUGGAGGGAAUGACAUCGUUUUGUGCGGACAGAGAGGCAGCUAGCUCCGGUAAGAGCAGAGGAGGAGGUCUGUGUGUUUAUAUAAACAAAGACUGGUGUGUGAACACUACGGUAGCUGCUAAACACUGCUCACCGCUGGCUGAAUUUCUCAUUGUGAAAUUCCGGCUGAUCUAUCUGCCGAGGGAAUUCACCAUCAUGCUUGUGGUAGCUGUUAACGUAGCUCCCAGUGCCAAUGCUGAGGCUAAUGCUAACGAAGCAGUGGGAGGCCUACAUGAAGCCAUCAGUGAGCUACUGACUACGCAUCCUGACAGCUUUGUGGUGAUUGCUGGGGACUUUAACCACACCAGCUUAAAGACUGUGUUCCCCAAAUUCCUGCAAUAUGUGGAUUUCAAAACCAGGGCAGACAACACACUGGACUUGGUUUAUACAAACACACCACAGGCAUACAAAGCAGCCCCCCGCCCCCAUCUUGGCCACUCUGACCACAUAUCUGUCAUGUUAACACCAGCAUAUAAACCACUGCUUAAACAUGUGAGAGCAGAGAAAAGACAGAGAAGGGUCUGGCCAAAAGGAGCAGCCUCAGCACUACAAGACUGUUUUUUGCACACAGACUGGGACAUAUUCAAAACAGCAGCCUCCUAUGAUGACCAUACAGACAUUGAGGAGUAUGCUGAGGAAGUAAUCAGCUACAUAGCCAAAUGCACGGAGGAUGUCACUGUGAUGAAAACCUUCACCGCACGUGGUUAUAAAAAGCCAUGGAUGACAACAGAGGUGCGUUCACUACUGAAGGCCCGUGACACAGCCUACAGAUUGGGGGACAGGAGUGCGCUUCGCUCAGCCAGGUCUGCACUUUCACUAGGGAUCAGGAAAGCGAAAAGGGCCUACGUGGGCAAAAUACAUGGACACUUCUUGACACAGGUGACACCAGACGGAUGUGACAGGGAAUUAAAGCUCUGACAGACUACAAGAUCAGGCAGAAAAUUGAUGACAGCGAGGCCUCUCUUCCAAACAGGCUUAUCAAAUUCUUUGCACGCUUCAAAGCAUCAAACACUACAGCAAGGGGGAGAGCCAGUCCCUUCUUACCAUCUGACCAGCCGGCUCAAAUCACUGAUUCAGAGCAAACACAAAGGACCCUUUCCAGGGUUAACCCACGAAAAGCGGGAGGUCCCGACAACAUCCCUGGAUGUGUGCUCAAGGAAUGUGCUGUUAUAUUAGCAGAUGUCCUGACAGACAUUUUCAACAUCUCCCUCAGUCAAGCCAUUGUCCCCAGAUGCUUCAAAAUCUCCACAAUCAUCCUUGUAGCAAAGAAAUCAGUUGUAGCCUGUCUGAAUGAUUACCGUCCUGUUGCCCUGACCCCCCAUAGUGAUGAAAUGUUUUGAACGGCUUGUCAAGCCUCAUAUCACAGCCAGCCUCCCCUCAUCGCUGGAUCCUCUACAGUUUGCUUAUCGCCCAAAUCACUCUGGAGGAUGCAAUAUCCACCACACUGCACACAGUUCUCUCUCACUUGGACAAGAAAGACACUUAUGCCAGAAUCCUGUACAUUGAUUUCAGUUCAGUGUUCAAUACCAUCAUCCCGCAGAGACUAGUGGAGAAACUGUCGCUGCCUGGCCUUUACACUGCCAUGUGUCGCUGGAUUCUGGAUUUCUUGACAGAGAGACCACAGUCAGUCCAUGCUGGCAGGAACAUCCCUGACUCUAUCACACUGAGCACUGGAUCCCCACAAGGCUGUGUGAUUAGUCCAUUGCUGUUUACACUGCUAACACAUGACUGUGCAGCCAGAUUCAGGGAGAACCUGAUCAUUAUAUUUGCCGAUGAUACCACAGUGGUGGGGCUCAUCAGCAAAAAUGAUGAAACAAUCUACAGGGAGGAGGUCAAACACCUAGAGCGGGGGUCGGCAACCUGCGGCUCCCGAGCCAUUUGUGGCUCUUUCACCUCUGUGCUGCGGCUCCCUGUGGCUUUGGGAAAUAAUUGGUCAGUAUUUAAUUAAAAUGUAUUUUAUGUUAGUUUGUUAGCUUUUGAAAUGUAAUUCUAAAUUUGAAGAUUAUGGUGAUCUUGUACAAUCUAAGUGUGGCGACACAUUUCCUCACAAUUAGCCAGCAUUCCGGCUAAGGGAGA